AUUUUAAUUCAAUUGCUUUUGUUUUAAUGAAGGAAUGAAAAAUGUAUACACUAUUGCAUGGAUUUUACAAAUACCUUGUGCAGAAAGACGAAUUCUGUGUCCUAAUUCUAGGUUUAGAUAAUGCAGGCAAAACGACUUACUUGGAAGCUUGUAAAACAAAGUUUACAAAGAAAUACAAAGCUAUGAACCCCAAUAGGAUAACAACCACAGUUGGACUGAACAUAGGCAAAAUAGAUGUCAAUGGUGUACAGUUGAACUUCUGGGAUCUAGGAGGGCAGCUGGAGUUGCAAUCUCUCUGGGAUAAAUACUAUGCUGAAUGUCAUGGUGUGAUCUACAUAGUGGAUUCAUCAGACAGAGACAGAAUAUCAGAAUCAAAAGAAACUUUUGACAGAAUGAUAGCUUCGGAACAUCUGACGGGUGUCCCGCUGCUGGUGCUAGCAAACAAACAAGACAUUCCAGACUGUAUGGGCGUUCACACAGUGAAGCCGAUAUUCAAUCAGAACGCUCACCUUAUAGGCGCCAGGGAUAUUAUGCUGAUGGCCACCUCAGCAUUAACUGGAGACGGAGUGGACGAGGGCAUCCGGUGGCUCGUCGACUGCAUCAAGCGAAACAUGGCGGACAGACCGCCGCGCAACCGCCAGGACAACUUAUAACACCCCGCGCGUGACCUCACCGCGACGAACAAUGAAUAAUAACCACGCCAACAUCUCCAUUAAGAUAAUACUUGACUCAACCUAUUGUAAUAUACACUGUUAUAAAAAUAAAAUAUGCUAGAAGAGCUAAA